CUUUCAGCCGGCGGCGGGGAGAAGGAGGCUGCGUGUUUCCGGAAGACGUGGCCGUUACCGCUGCUGCAGCCGCUUCUGCUGCUCCCUCUGCCCCGCUCCUGUUCGCCCCGCCGCCACCAUGAUUUCCCUCUCGGACACACAGAAGAUUGGAAUGGGACUUACAGGCUUUGGAGUGUUUUUCCUUUUCUUUGGAAUGAUACUCUUCUUUGACAAAGCUCUUUUGGCUAUCGGAAAUGUUUUAUUUGUGGCUGGCUUGUCUUUUGUUAUUGGUUUAGAAAGGACAUUUAGAUUCUUCUUUCAAAAACAUAAAAUGAAAGCAACAGGCUUUUUCCUGGGUGGUGUGCUCAUAGUUCUCAUUGGUUGGCCUUUAGUGGGAAUGAUCCUUGAAAUUUAUGGGUUCUUCCUAUUAUUCAGGGGGUUCUUUCCUGUGGUGGUUGGCUUUAUUAGAAGAGUCCCAGUUCUUGGAUAUCUCUUGAAUUUACCUGGUAUAAGCUCGCUUGUAGAUAAAGUUGGAGAAAGCAACAACAUGGUAUAAUGACAAGAGGACAGAAGACUGAUUCUAAACUUACUGUAUUAUUUAUAAAAUCCUUUUGAAGAAUACUCAGCACAAAGAUUAUGUUGUGUACAAAGGAAAAGCUUGUUACAUUCUUUACAUAACAGUUUAAAUUAAAAUGUAUAGUCAACAAUAUACAUUAGAAAAGAAGCUCAGCAAGUAUGCUUCUAGGAAAGUAACUCCAGAGUUCAAGAAGUAAACUGAAGAGGGAAAAGUCAUGGAAUAGCCCAUGUUACAACUGUUCAAGACUGUUUUUUUUGUUUUUGGUGAACAUGCUAGAAGCAAUGAACCCUUGUGGAAUUAAUGGUGCCUGUACUUUACCUCCUUAUUUUGAAGGUCUGGUAGAGUAAACAGGCUCACAUCUUUAAGGGUGAUCCAAACUUACCCAGCCCUCUGCUUGCAAUGCUCAGAGUGCAAAAAAAACCAAAAAAAAAAAUCUAAGAAAACUUCUUGUGUAAGAAGAGCUGCAUCUUUGCAUGAAGGUUAAGAUGACUGUUCAUCUUUGUGUAUUAUGGCAAAAAAAGAAAACCUUACACGGUUCUGUUGUAAGCAUUUUUGUAAACGUGUGGCUGAAAUCAAACAUUGUUAUCUUAAUGUUUCAAAGCCAAAUGUAAGUUGAUUGUAUUUGCCUUCCAUUUUGGAAUAUGCAAAAUUUCAAUCUUUAACUCCAGUCUUAAAUGGUGGAUCUGAACAUGUACAGCUCAACAGGGAACUCUGGAACCUGACCUGCACUCCUUCUGGUUUGUUCUCCUUGAGUCAUGUUACACGUGCAUCCCAAUGAGAAUGUAGCCCCUUGUCACUAACAUGAAAACUUUGUGAAAUGUGCUUAGUUUUCAAAAAAAUGCAUUUGGUUAAGGUGCUGACAUGAACCCUGUGAAACGUAUCUUAUCAAAAUUUGAACCUUUGUUUUUAAAUAGUUUAAAGCUAAAGUUUCUUUGUUUACUCUGGAACUACAGGUUUAUUUUUUACUGUAAUAAAAUGAAGAUGUAAAGUUCUGUGUAUGUGAGUCUCUGGGGAGAAAAUUGAACUAAUGGGGCUAACUAAAGAUCAAGUGCCAAUCUCCAUAUGUUUUGUAACUUGUUGCUUGGGUUAUCUUCAGAUAACUUAAAACGUGUAUCAGUCACAGCAAUGUGACUAUGAGAUCUUUGCUAAUUUGGAGUAAAUGUCCCCUACUAAUGACCCCAAAGGGUCAUGUUUCUGCUUCUAUUGGAAUGUUAAACAUUGUGCACUUUCAAUAGGUUCUGUUACAUAGUGUCCUCUUCUAACAAAACAUGAUUAUUAAGUAAAUGUGUAUGUGCAGACUUGGGGAGUUUCUGUUGGUUUUAACUUUCUUUUGCUUAAGUGUAAACCUAAAAAAAAAUUACCAAAAUGCAAUGUUUGUUAUUUCAAGUAGCUAUGUAGUCUUGAAGGUCCAAUUUCUGUUUUGGUUUGUGGUGUGGUGUUUUUUGGUUUGUUUUUUUUUUUUCCUUCACUAUGCAGUUAAAAUUGGUAUUUUCCAAAAUAAUUUUCAAGUUAAGAGGAGUCCUCAUAUACCAACCCUUUUGGAAGUUGCUAAAACAUUUAUUUAUGUAAGACAUGGGGUUUGGGGUCUUUUUUAUUACAAAUGUAUGAAUAGCCACAAUCUAUUAUUCCAGACAUGUAAUUUUCUUUCUUCUCAAAGAGGAAGAAAAUUAUUAAGUUAAAAAAAAUUGUCAAUGCUAACAAUGAACAGCAUCUGAAAAAUCAAUGGAUUUAUUUUAUAAAUGACAAAAAUUGGCUAUAUAUGCCUGAUGUCAUGUGUGUUAGAGUUUACAGACAGGACUAAGUAAGACUUGUGGCUUCUACCUCAAGAGAUGAACCAAUUUUAACUGCUUCUGUAGAUCUGUUUGUGUGUUAAAAUGACUAUAGAGUAACACUAAACAGCAGUUAAGCAAACUUGCCUUGUGUGCUUUGGUAGAGCACUAGUCUGUGCUGUGGGAAUCAAGUACUGUUUAAAGGAGACAGUGUUUAUCAUUUACAUUAGAAGUCAGCUACCUGAAGAUUUUUGUUCUUGUCUUUGAAAAAUAAUGUGAUGGGAAAGGUGGAUUGUACCGCAUGACCAUGGAGCUCUGACUGAAAGCAAAUUGCUUUGGAAGCAGAAGUGCUUCAUCAACAAGAAAUCUAAUUAUAUUUUUCAGAGGUGAUGAAUGCAUUGCUGUAUAUGAUCUCUUAGCCCUCUGAAAUGCCAGAAUAUAGGCAGUUCAUCUCACUUCUAUUUACCUGUUUUAAAUCAAAUGUCAUUUUUUGUCAGAUGUGAAUUGUUGUGAAAAGCAUCUGAGGGAACAAAACUGUUUGUUGAAUUUAGCAUAGUCUUUAUCCCUCAAGGUAAUGUUGUCUUUGAGACAGUUUUGCCGAGAUAAACAUUGGUCGCAGCAAAGGUCAAAAUGACUUAGCCUUAAAGUGUUUCUGUCAUUGUAAAAAAUAACUUUAACAGAAACAUGCUUAGAACAUUUCUCCUUUUAAAUGUGGUUUAUAAUUGCUGCUUUAAAAAUCAAAAGGAUGGAUCUUACUCUGAGCAAAUGAAUACUGUAAAUAUCCUUGUCAUACCUUGAAUAAAUGGGUACCUUUUUCUAUAA